AUGAUGUGGAAGGUGCUAGUGUUGUGCGCACUGGGCGGAGGCCUCGCGGCCGGCCAGGACUGGCUGCCCGACCUCACGGACAAUUUGCGGAACACGAGCGUGCUGUUCAUGCCCGAGGUGAACUACUCCCAGCCCGUGAUUAACGCGACAUAUGUGUCCAAGUUCGAGUUCGACAUGCGGGCCAUGGGCCACCUGUACAAUGCCACUCCUGUAAUCAUCGACUUCAUUGCGAACAAACAGGCGUAUCCGGAGGGCAUGGUGAUAGUGUCAGACGGGCAAAUAGAGUUCGCGUCGCCGCGCGAGGAGUGGCGCACGCUGCUCACGCACUACGCGGGGCCCGUCGGCGUGCUGGUCGUCGUGGGGUUGCUCGUCAUCAUAUUACCACUGUCGGGGUUGUUUUGGUGCUGCUGCCAGUGGUGCCGGGUUGGUAGACGUCGAAGACCUUUCGAUAGAAAAUACGACGCCUGUUUGAAGGGUAUACUCGCUAUCGUGUUCAUCUGCCUUCUAACGCUAUUUCUGUUUGGCGUUGUUUGCGCCUUCGCCACCGACUCCCAGAUAGAAAGCGGCUCGCAAGCGACGCCCGACGCCAUCCGAGCGGGGAUACGCGACACACAGACUUUCCUUAACGCCACACAAGCCCACGCCCACCAUCUACUCGUACAAAACUAUAAAGAACUCGAAGAGCAGUUAGAUGCAACUCUUACUACCAGUGGGAAAGUAGUUUUGGUGAAGCUGGACCAGUUCACGAGAGCCACGUCGGUACAGAAGUUGAGUGCGAUGGUGGCGGAGCUAGAGAGCGUGCCCGCGCAGCUGAGGAGCGUGCAGCGGAAGACGGCUUUUUUGCGGACCAAGGCGGAGGAUCUUAAUGCUGGGUUGCGGCAAGUGCGGUCGUCGUUGUUGCGCACGCUGGCCACGUGCAAGGAGCGGCCCUGCGUGCAGCUGCAGGAGAAGCACCAGAUCGGGCAGCUCGACACCGAGAUACAGUACAACAAGAUGCUCGACAAGUACUUCCCGACGAUCCCGGACGUGUCGGAGCUGCUCGCGAACGUGAGCGCGCUGCUGGACGGCGACAUGCGCGCGGAGGUGGCGGCCGGCCUGGAGGUGUUCGAGGGCAUCAAGCGCACGGUGGAGCAGCACGUGCCGCGCGUGCGCGUCGCCAUCACGGGCACGGGCGAGCGGCUGGCGGGCGUGGCGCGCGAGGUGACGUGGCGCGCUGGCAACGCCAGCGCGGCGCUGGGCGCGGCGGCCCUGCCGUCGCGGCUGGCGGCGCGGCUGGCGGCGGCGGCGACGGCGCGGCGCCACGCGGCGCGCGCGGCGGCCGCGGCGCUGCUGGCGGUGCUGCUGCUGCUGGUGUGGGGGCUGCUGUGCGGCGUGUGCGGCAAGCGCCCCGACGCGUACGGCGCCAGCGACUGCUGCAACAAGGGUGCUGGCGCAUCGUGUCUGCUCUGCGGCAUGGCCGUGACGUUCGCGGUGGGCGGCGCGGUGGCGCUGGCGCUGCUGGCGCACUUCGCGGCCGGCCUCGCCGCCACGCGCCUCGUCUGCGACCCGCUCGUCGAGCCGCGCGACAACCUGGUGUUCUCGGACGUGGAGCGGUUCGUGCAGCUGGAGCGCGCGCUGUACGGCGACAGCCGCGACCCCGACUUCAACCUCACGUCCGUGCUGCUGCACUGCCACGCCAACCGCACCGUCUACGAGACGCUGCAGCUGGAGCGCGUGUACGACCUGCGCGCGGUGGCGGGCGGCGUGGCGGCGCGCGUGGCGGGCGCGGUGGCGGCGCUGCACACGGACUACCCGCCGCGCGGCCGCCCGCUGCGCGUGCUGCCCGCCGCCGCGCGCGCGCGCCUCGACCGCCUCGCCGCCACGCCGCUCUCCGACUUCGACUUCGACAGGAUACUCUACGCGCUGGAGACGAACAUGACGUCGUUCUCGCUGCUGGAGCUGUCGUCGCAGCUGGAGGGCGCGGCGCGCGCGCUGGCGCCGCGCGGCGGCUUCGCGGACGUGGCGCGCGACCUGCGCGCCGCGGCGCAGGCGCUGGCAAGGCUGCACGCCGACGCCGUGCGCCCCAUGCUCGACGCCACCGCCGACCUCAACGCGACGGCGUCGGCGCUGCGCGACGUGCUGCGCUUCAACCAGUCGUCGCUGAAGGAGGCCAUCCAUGUGCGCAUGCGCGAGACCGCUGACGUCGAGAUGUUCCUCAACACGCAGGGGCCCGACCUCGUGCAGAACCUGACGCGCGAGUUCGCGGAGCGCAUGGGGCAGCGGCUGCAGGAGUACGUGGCGAUGGUGGAGGCGGCGGCGCGGCGCCGCGUGGGCCGCUGCGGCCCGCUGUCCGCCGCCUUCAACGCCACGCGCGACACGCUGUGCCGCGCCGUGCUCAUGCCCACGAACGGGUUCUGGGUGUCGCUGGCGUGGUGCGUGGCGCUGUUCCUGCCGCUGCUGGCGGUGGCGCAGCGCCUGGCGCGCCUGUACCGCCGCCCCGACCCCUACCCCGGCCCGCUCGUCGAGGCCGAGUAUUUGUAUGACGCGUACGCGGACCGCGAUAACGUUCCCCUCGCCAAUGGCUCCAAGCGCAGCACGCUCGACAUCGAGGGCAAGAUCGCGGAGUGGCGCGGGCGCGGCGCGGGCGAGGGCGGGGGCGCGGCGGGCGCGGGGGGCACGCGCGCCGUGCUGGCGGGCCGCGAGGUGGUGUGCCAGCUGCUGGCGCCGCCCGCCGCGCUCAUCGACGACCUCAAGACGCGCCUCGACGCCAAGGACGAGGACUGCGAGUCCGGCAUUCACGAGUCCGAG